AUGCUGGCUGUGCUCGGCCGAUCGGCCCGUCGGCGCGCCGCAGACCAGCUGGCAGGCGCCGCCUUGGCGGAGCUCGGCUGGAGCGGUGGCGCGGCGAGGCAGGCGGUGCGGGCCUGGCAGCUGCAGCCCAGCCGCUUUGUCGUGGCGGGCGCGCCAGGGGACGACCUGGCUGGUGUGCUGGCCAAGGCCCGGCGCCUGGCAGGGCCAGUGGGAGUGUUGGCGGGCGUGUUUGGAUCGAUAUGCGGGGUGGGGGGAGGCGUGAUCAUCGUGCCCCUCAUUGUGUCCGCCUGCAAGACCAUCCCGCAGCGUGUGGUGUCUGGCACUUCGCUGGCCGCAGUGCUGAGCACCGCGCUGGUGUCUGCCCACACCUACAGCAGCAGCGGGUGCGUGGACCUGGCCGCCGCGGCCCUGGUCAGCCCCGCCGCCAUGCUGACGGCGCCGCUGGGGGCCCGCCUCACCGCCCGCCUCAACUGCACCGCGCUGCGCCGCAUCCUGGGUUUCUUCCUGCUGGCGGCCGCCCCCAUGGCCUACCUGCUAACUUUCCACCCGGACCUGGAAGAAUCGUGUGAGGCAGCAGAAGCCUCCAGCGGCGGCGGCGGCGGCGGCGGCGGCGACGGCGGCACUCCCGCAGCCCCCUCAGCAGCCGCCUCUGCAGCCGAGCCGGCCGGCACAUUUGCGGGCCUGACCUUCCCUCCCCCCGCCACGGCUGCGCUGCUGACGGCGACGGGGGCGGUGGCGGGGCUGGCUUCGGGGCUGCUGGGCGUGGGAGGCGGCGUGAUUGUCACGCCGCUCCUGGCCCUGCUCACGCCCUUCUCCCAGGCAACAGUGCUGGGCACCUCGCUGCUGUCCAUGAUCCCUCCCGCCAGCGCCGCGCUGGUGCAGCACAGCAGGCUGGGAAACGUGGACUGGCGCAUGGCGGCGGCUCUGGCGACAGGCACAGCGCUGGGCAGCGUGGGCGGCAGUAACCUGGCGGUACAGGCGCCGCCUGGCUACCUGGAAGCUGCCUUCUGCCUGGGCAUGCUGUUCCUGGGGCGCAAGACGCUGCAGACAGCCAAGUAG